GUUAAAAUUAAAAACAAGUUCAUAUCGCGGUACUGAGAACAAAUCUCCGGUCGGCAGUACGCCAUAAUAAGCUCGCGAAAUUUCAAGAAAUUACAUUAAUUUUUAUUUAAAUUGGUUUAAACAUUUGUUGAUAAAGGCUGACAUCGACUAUUAGCUGAGAUUUUCCGAUUUUCUUUCUAGUUGCAAUCUUAUAAUGUUCUCUGUGAUAUUAGUGUUUUUGGCUGUUUUGUAUGUUGGAGUAAAAUGCCAAACUACAACUGAAACAAAUCUAGUUUCAUCUGCAAUUCAACAAAUUUCAAAUAAUACAGCAGAAAUUAUUCAAAAUAACACUACUGAAUCUUAUAAACCAACUGAAUCUUCACCAUCAUCUACUUCAACAGUUGUAACAUCGAUUCUCACAACACCUGCUAGGCCUGUAGACGUAAGUUGCUUACCUCUACACCUAAUGGGGGAAAUGGAUCAUGUAACCCAAGAAGAAUUUACUACUAAAUUAACAGAGUCUUGUAGAUAUGAUCGAUUGAUCAAACCAAAAACACCUGAACAACUUGUGGUCAACAUGCAAAUCGAUUUGACUCAUAUCGAGUCUACUGAUGCACAACAAAUGAAAUCGUACAUUCUAGUCCAGCUAUCCUAUAAAGAUUCUAGGCUAAAAUACGACACGUUUUCACCAAAAAGAGGAAGCAUACAAGGCGAAGAUCCUCUUAGAAGCAAAAUAUGGGUUCCACAUUUGAUUGUUAGAAAUGAACGCGAAUCAUCUCUAAUGGGUCUAGAUGGUAAAGACGUCUUCAUUCAAAUUUUACCAGACGGCCAAGUGACCUACUCCUAUCGAAUGACUUUAACGUUCUAUUGCUGGAUGAACCUCAAGAAAUUCCCGUUUGAUUAUCAAAUUUGUAAAAUCACUUGGAUCAGUUGGUCUUACGACGCGAGCAGUUUGUUGUUGAAAUGGGCCAAACAUAAUAAAGUGCAAAUUUCAGAGAAUUUGCACCUUACGGAAUUUGUUUUGGAUGAUUAUUGGGUCGAAGACGAAGUGGCGCAAACUUCAUUUUCAACUGGAGGACUUGCUGGUAACUACAGUUCUCUAGUGUUCAAAUUCAAAUUACGCCGCGAAGUUGGAUAUUACAUGAUGGACUAUUUCCUACCUUCCAUGUUCCUGGUAGUCACUUCUUGGGUAACAUUUUGGUUGCAAGCAGACGCAAGCGCUCCAAGAGCUGUAUUAGGCACUUCAACUAUGCUAUCGUUCAUCACUUUAAACGGAGGUUUAACCAAAAACUUACCAAAAGUCAGCUACAUCAAGGCCAGUGAAAUUUGGUUUUUGGGUUGUUCGAGUUUCAUUUUUUUAUCUUUGACCGAAUUUGCAUUUGUUAAUGUUAUUUGGAGGAGGAAAAAACAAGUAGAAGUUAAAAAACCGAGCAGCAAAUACAUUCUGAGAGGAGCAGUGACUCCAAGUUUGCUCAGAAGACAACUGAAACGAUCAGAAUCGUUCAAUGGUCUUCACAAGACGCGAUCUUGUACGAGUUUAAAUGAAAAACAAGAAAAGGAAAUUCAACAAAACAAUUAUUUGACUGUCCAUAGUUUUCCUGCAUCUAUUCCAACAAUUCGUACACCAAACACAAGCCGAGACGAACUUAUAAACAUUGAAGAUUCUGUAACAACAAUUCCAGUGCCGGAAAAUGAUAUUACAAAUAAUCAACCUCAUCAGUCUUGGACAACAAUGACGCCUCAAGAAGUCGCAAAUUGGAUUGAUAAAAAAUCCAGAAUCGUUUUUCCUGUGGCUUUUUUAAUUUUCAAUUUGUUUUAUUGGACUUUUGUAUACGCUUUAUAAUAAUUUUUUUGUGUUUUUCCAUUCGAAUCUCUUUGACUGAACUUUCAUUUUUCCUUAAAAAAGUAGGUAUUAGACUAUAGGAUUUAGCUGUGUUUUAUUUAUUUUAUACUUUGAUUAUUAUAAAAUGUUUAUUAUUAUUAUGCUACAAAGUUAUUUGUUUUAUUUUUGGCUCUUCCCAGUGGAUUGAUAACUGAUUUUUUUUAAUAAAUGAUAAUCUCAGAAAAAUGCCUACACUAUUGGGCCAUCAGAAUGUUAUUAGGACUG